AUGUUAUUCUGUUUUAUUUCUUUAGCGGAAGAUCCAUCCAAAAGCUAUGUGAAAUUAAGAGACUUUGUGCUUGUAAAGCUUUGUCAAGGUUUGCCCUGUUUUUCCCGGGAAAAGUUAAUGCAAGGAUUCAAUGAAGAUAUGGCGGUAGAGGCACAACAGAAGUUCAAAAUAAAUAAGCAACAUGCUAGACGGGUUUAUGAAAUUCUUCGACUACUGGUAACUGACAUGAGUGAUGCUGAACAAUACAGAAGCUAUAGAUUGGAUAUUAAAAGAAGACUAAUUAGCCCAUAUAAGAAAAAGCAGAGAGAUCUUGCUAAGAUGAGAAAAUGUCUCAGACCAGAGGAAUUGACAAACCAGAUGAACCAAAUAGAAAUAAGCAUGCAACACGAACAGCUGGAAGAAAGCUUUCAGGAAUUAGUGGAAGAUUACCGACGCAUUAUUGAACGACUUGCUCAAGAGUAAUAUACAACGUACAGGAGGCUUGCAAAUUUCUGUACAAUGUGCUGUGAAAAAUCUGAUUAUGACUUUAAUUUUAAGAUCUUGAAAUACCUUACUUACAUUGAAAGUUAUCUAUCUUUAGUUGAGUAUUUUCUUUGAAAGAUUGUAUAUUUUAAAAUACUGUUUAGAGUUUAUGGGCAUAUAUUGCAUUCAGAAAAAGAUAUAGCUUCUGAAAUAC